GAAUGUAGUAACCUGAUGGAAUCUGUGGGAGAGGUCAGGGUAACAACAGAUUCUAGGACAACUUUAUGGAGCAUAAAUAAACAUUAUAGCUUUGCCAGUUUUACCCCCAACAUCUGAAAAAUAAUGUAUUUGGACUUUCCACUGAAAACAAACAAUGACCUGAAAAAAUCAAUGAAUGAAUGGAACCAUUUAUUUGUCUCUACAGUUUGAAGGAACUUUCUAACUAGCAUUAGCGCUAUGAAGUCUAUAGUAACUGCUAGCAUGCCAUAGACUUCCAGUCAUUGCGCUAACGCUAGUUGGCAUUGGCUCCCAAAACUACUACAAACUUCCUUCAUACAGGAUGCAGAGACAUUAAAAUGGUGUCCAUGAGUUCAUCUGACUCUGGGGAAGUAGAUAAAGGGCUUCAUUGCCUAAAUCCCGAAGAAUCCCUUUAAAUUGAGUUUUUCAGUGAUUGCAAUUAUUAAUUUUUGCAUUUACAUUUACAUUGUAAUCAUUUAGCAGACACUCUUAUCCAGAGCGACUUUCAAUUAUUGCAAAAUGUGAAUCACAAUAAAAAAAAAUGGUAUAGAAAAGUAUUUAGUAUUUGGAAAUGUUUAGUUCAGCCCAGUGUGAUUCAAAUGACAAAAUACUCAGAAGUAAUUAAAAUACGUAUUUCAAAUAGAUGUAAGAGAAAUACUGAACAUCUCUGGCUACUACCCAACACUCUGUCACACUUCCUUAUCAAAGAAAACACAACCCCUCUACAUACAGAGUACACAGUCAAGAGGAAGCCACUCCCUGUCCUCUGGUGUAGAGUUCCAUGAAACAGAAAGUAAUCUUUGACACUGCCAUUGCUUAACCUACGGGAGAGAGCACCAAAAUAGGCACUUAACCCUAAUUGCUCCUGUAAGUCGCUCUGGAUAAGAGCGUCUGCUAAAUAAAUUUUUUAUUAUUUAUUAUAUAAAAUGGCAGAGAAUCAGGACCAGUUCUGUUGCUCCAUCUGUCUGGAUCUACUGAAGGAUCCGGUGACUACUGCCUGUGGACACAGCUACUGUAUGGGCUGUAUUAAAGAAUGCUGGGAUCAGGAUGAUCUGAAAGGUGUCUAUAGCUGUCCUCAGUGCAGAGAGACCUUCACUCCAAGGCCUAAUCUGAGGAAAAAUAACAUGUUGGCUGAGAUGGUGGAGAAACUGAAGAAGACAGGACUCCAGGCUGCUCCCCCUCCUGCUCUGUGCUAUGCUGGACCUGGAGAUGUGGCGUGUGAUUUCUGCACUGGGACCAGAAAGCAGAAAGCCCUCAUGUCCUGUCUGGCGUGUCUGGCCUCUUACUGUGAGACUCACCUCCAACCUCACUAUGAAUCUCCUGCUUUCAAGAAGCACAAGCUGGUCAAAGCCACCGCACAACUACAGGAGAAGAUCUGCUCUCAUCAUGACAAACUGCUGGAGGUUUUCUGUCGUACCGAUCAGCAGUGUAUCUGUUAUCUGUGUACAAUGGAUGUACAUAAAGGCCAUGAUACAGUGUCAGCUGCAGCAGAGAGGACUGAGAAACAGAGGCAGCUGGGGAUGAGUCAGCAUAAGGUCCAGCAGAGAUUCCAGGAGAGAGAGAAGGAGCUGAAGGAGCUCCAACAGGCUGUGGAGUCUCUCAAGCGCUCUGCACAGGCAGCAGUGGAGGACAGUGAUAAGAUCUUUACCGAUCUGAUCCGCUCCAUUGAGAGAAGGCGCUCUGAGGUGAAGGAGCUGAUCCGAGCCCAAGAGAAGGCUCAAGUGAGUCAAGCUGAAGGACUCCUGGAGCAACUGGAGCAGGAGAUAGCUGAGCUGAGGAAGAUAAGCACUGAGCUGGAGCAGCUCUCAAACAGAGAGGAUCACAUCCAUUUCCUCCAGAGUUAUCAGUCUCUCUCCGGUACCAGUGUAUCUUCAGACUUACCCAGCAUCGUUGUCCGUCCUCUUCAGUACUUUGGAGAUGUGAGUAAGACUGUGUCUGAACUGAGAGAGAAACUAGAAGACGUCCUUAAAGGAGAAUGGACCAAGAUCUCCUCUACAGUGAAUAUAGAGGAUGUUGUACUGCCUCCAGAGCCCAAGACCAGAGAACAGUUCUUACAAUAUUCCUGUCAGCUCACACUGGACCCAAACACAGCACACACACACCUCUCUCUGUCUGAAGGGAACAGAAAGGUGACCUAUACAGACCAAGAACAACCAUAUCCUGAUCAUUCAGACAGAUUCACUAACUACUGUCAGGUUCUGUGUAGAGAGGGUCUGUCUGGACGCUGUUACUGGGAGGUGGAGUGGAGUGGGUGGUGUGUAACAGCAGUCUCAUAUAAAGACAUCAGCAGAACAGGGACAGAUGGUGGAUUUGGAUACAAUAACAAGUCCUGGAGGUUAGAGUGCUCUAGAGGUGGUUAUUUGUUCAGACACAAUAAUGUUGUGACUAAAGUAUCAGGCCCUCAGUCCUCCAGAGUAGGAGUGUACCUGGAUCACAAGGCAGGUACUCUGUCCUUCUACAGUGUCUCUGAUACAAUGACCCUCCUCCACAGAGUCCAGACCACAUUCACUCAGCCCCUCUAUCCUGGGUUUAAUCUCUUUGGUACUGCUGAGCUGGUUAAACUGUAG